GCAAAGGGCCAUGUUGUCUGCCUGCCCCACCCCACUGACAAGAGUCCCAGUCACCAGGCCACUCUCUCUGUCCGGGGCCCUAGAGGGAGCCCAGAAUCCCAAGUGGCUGGAGCACUGGGGGAUGCCCAGACAGAGCCCUCGCUGGAUCAAGUCCUCCAGGAGCGGGAUGAAGCCAUUGCCAAGUGAGAGGCAGAUGCUGAUGGGGGCUGGGAGGGCAGUGGGUGGCUCACCCUCAGGGCUCUGUCCUGCUAGAGGAGAGGAGGUGAGAAGUCAAGUAUUCCUGCAGGGAAAGCCACAUAAGCUCUCACCCUGUCACACGGCGGGGGCUGUGGCCACACAGCAGAUGUGCGGGGUCCAAGCUGCUCUCCCCGCCACAUGCAGGAAGCACGCACUGGAGGCCGAGCUGGACACAUGCAAAGCCAAAUUGCGCGCUGUGGAGGCCCAGCUACUGGAGGUCCUGGAGGAGAAACUGAGGCUGAGGCAGGAGGUGGAGGCCUGGGAGGAGGACAUGCAGCAGCUGGUGAGGCAGCGGGUCGAGAGGCAACUGCAGAGAGAGGCCAGGGGCUCUCUGGGAGCCCCUGUGGACCCCCGAACUCCCAGGGCCCCCUGGGUCCGAUUCCCCCUGGGUCGGUGGGGACGCUGGUGGUGACAGAGCUCAGCCCAGGACCUUGGGAGCAGUGUCUUUAUUCAUUAAAGCUUGAGG